CAUACCCAAUUCAUCCUUGUGGCAAUUUCCUAUUCUCCUACCUUAAGCAAACACUGAUUGCUGUCAAAUUGCCGAGGUUCGGCGGUGCCCAACUCAGUGUGCCACUUCACUCUUUAGCCGCACAUACAACACACCCCUUCUCUUUCUUCCCUAACUAAUACUAGCAUUAUCUCUAACUAAAAUGCCAGCCCCCGAUACGACUCCAGUAGACCCAGACCCCGCCAUGUCUGCCGAUCCAGCCGUUGACGUUGACCCAGCCCUCCGCGCGCUCCUCCGCCUCUCCCUGAGCAGUCAGGAGUACAAGCUCCUUCACGAGCGCGCGCCUGUUGCCGUUAAGAAGAACGCGCCGUCUCCGGCGAGAUUCGAGGCGAUUGUGCGACCGAAGGAUAAAUAUAAUGACGCUGCGAUAAGGGAGUCGUUACGGGUGUUUGUGGGUUCUGGGUUGUUGUUGAAGCUGGUUGAAGUCGUUAGUCGGCGCAUGAAGGGCGGUGUCGGCGCCGUUGCGAGCAAAAAACGAUCCAUCAUUCAUUCCCCCAACUUCCGCCUCCCUCUCGCCCUCGCCCUCGUUGUUUUCUUCCACCGUCGCCUGCAUCGCUUGUUCGCGCGCAUCCGCGCAAGCCUGCGCAUCGACAAAGCGCAGCCAUUCCGGGAGCGAAACCCGCGUCUAGCUAAGGCGUUGACGUCUCGAUAUGCACCUGCUGUCGGGGGGAGUUUGGCCGGCUUUGCGCUGGGGAUUGCUCCGCAGGCGCAGUUGCGGAUGACGGCGGCGAUUUAUAUGAGUACGCGGACAUUGGAGUUUCUGUAUAAUGUUAUGGAGGAGAAGGGGUGGUUGAAGAAUAAGCCGUGGUGGUUUGGGAGUUGGUUGUUAAUGCCUGUGUCGUGUGCGCAGCUGUUCCAUGCGUUUGUAUUUGAUCGCGAGACGGUGCCCAAGUGGUUUGGAAAGGUCGUUAUGAACUCGCCCAGUUACAUACAGAGUCGACCUGCUUUGCUUCCUGUGGAGAUUCCCUGGCCAGAGAACGAAGAAGUGGUCGAUUCACUCGGUAGCAUUGCCAACCUGCGCUGGCCGUACGUGAGAACGACUCCCAUGAAUUUUUACGAAAUUCUAAUCUACGCCUCCAGGCCCUUCACCUCGCCGAUCCUGCAUCCGUCCAAUCCCAACACCCUGCCAGCAGCGAUCAAAUCGAUAGCCCCGAUUACCGGGCCCGCUCAUCCCUCCAUCUCCAGUCUCUCGUGCGCACUCCUACACCCAGCCGUUCCCAGCUGCAACACAGCUUUCCUGCACCACAUUCUGCUCUCCGUCCCCCGGAUCGCCCGCUUUAUGACAACCGUCAUGCUAGCAAUCUCCAUUCUCAAAUACAAAUCCUUCACCACCACCCCCCUCGCCUCCUUCCAAACCCUCGCCAAACGCAUCCUCACCCUAACAGCCGUCCUCUCCACCUCCAUCGGCUCCACCUGGGGCAGUCUAUGCCUGUGGAACACGCUCCUCUCGCGCUCCGCCCUCCCGACAAAACGCUUCUUCCUCAGCGGCGCCCUAGGCGGCCUCCCCUUCGCCUUCCUGGGCAAUAACUCCCGCAGCGCAUUCAUGUCCAUCUUCCGCAGCGCUGUCGACUCCGCAUGGAAGUCUGGCGUGAAACGCGGGCUGUGGAAGGGCUGGACCGGUGGCGAUCUGGGACUGAUUGUGGUGAGCUGGGCAGUUAUGGGAGCGAUUCUGGAGAGAAGGCCUGGCGCUGUUCAGGCUGGGGGGUUGAGAAAGGGAUUGGCUUGGUUGAGGGGGGAUGGGUUCUUGGAUCCGGUUGAGGUGUUGGAGAGGAAGAGGGCGAGGAGGGCUGCGAGGAGAGAAGAGCGUGAGGUGGCUGAGGGUUAGGCUUGACUUUGGUUUUUAUGGUCUUCUUUUGGUUCUUCUGGGCUCGCUAGUUAUUAUUACCCUGUACUGCUAUGCGUAAUUACUAAAUCAGUUAUUAUACUGGCUUAUGAGUAUACAAGUCUAUGUUGCCUAGGCAUAUAUAGCCUACAACAACAACCACACGCGAUAAUACAUCACCAACUGACAGUAAUACACUGUUAGUCAGUAAGUCACUGGGUAUAUGCAGAGCGAAGUCUCAGAAGAGAGCGCGACAGUCAGUGUAUGCCA